AAGAAUCAAGGCCAUAAGUAAUCUGUCACGUGGCUAGCUAAUGAAGCACGGAGCCGAAUCCACAAGCGUAAGGUGUGAUGUCAUGUAGAGGAUCGCUCCACGAUUUCGUCAAUCAGAUCAACUUCUUCUACAACUCUGUAAAUAUCUACCUACGUGCCUCCCCUACUUCCCUCUCUUCUCGUGACCACUCUUCCCGUCUCUUCACUGGAGGUGAAUUUUGUGUUCCUGCUCGAUCGGAUUUGAAUCUCUGGUUGCUGCGAAAAUGCCGCCGUUUUACGCAGGAAAGCUCACGACCUUCGAGGAUGAUGAGAAGGAGAGCGAGUAUGGUUACGUUCGCAAGGUUUCAGGUCCCGUCGUUGUUGCUGAUGGUAUGGCUGGUGCUGCUAUGUAUGAGUUGGUGCGUGUUGGGCAUGAUAAUUUGAUUGGAGAGAUCAUUCGUCUUGAAGGAGAUUCCGCCACCAUUCAAGUUUACGAGGAAACAGCUGGACUGACUGUUAAUGAUCCUGUUCUUCGAACUCACAAGGUUCGUGACUUCUUUAUCUUGUUUUUUUUUAGUAAGUCUACAGCUAACAUAUGUUAUUUCCUUAAUUUUCAGCCUCUUUCUGUGGAGCUUGGACCAGGAAUAUUGGGAAAUAUCUUCGAUGGAAUUCAGAGGCCUUUGAAGACUAUUGCGAAAAGAUCUGGUGAUGUGUACAUCCCUCGUGGUGUGUCUGUUCCAGCUCUUGACAAAGAUUGUCCUUGGGAAUUCCAGCCGAAUGAUUUUGUCGAGGGAGACACAAUAACUGGUGGUGACUUGUAUGCUACCGUCUUCGAGAACACCCUGAUGACACACCGUGUUGCCCUUCCUCCUGAUGCCAUGGGGAAGAUCACUUACAUUGCUCCAGCUGGUCAAUAUUCCCUUAAGGAUACAGUGCUAGAGCUUGAAUUUCAGGGGGUUAAGAAAUCGUACACCAUGCUUCAGAGCUGGCCUGUACGUACGCCUAGGCCAGUUGCAUCCAAACUUGCUGCCGAUACUCCUCUACUUACGGGGCAGCGUGUGCUUGAUGCCCUUUUCCCCUCCGUUCUUGGUGGAACCUGUGCCAUUCCUGGUGCUUUUGGCUGUGGUAAAACUGUUAUCAGUCAGGCACUUUCAAAGUACUCCAACUCCGAUGCUGUUGUUUACGUUGGUUGUGGAGAGAGAGGAAAUGAAAUGGCUGAGGUGCUUAUGGACUUCCCACAAUUGACAAUGACGUUGCCUGAUGGUCGUGAGGAAUCUGUCAUGAAACGUACUACACUGGUUGCCAACACCUCUAACAUGCCUGUGGCUGCUCGUGAAGCCUCAAUUUACACAGGAAUCACUAUCGCUGAAUAUUUCAGAGAUAUGGGCUACAAUGUUAGUAUGAUGGCAGACUCAACUUCCCGUUGGGCAGAAGCAUUGAGAGAAAUUUCAGGACGUCUGGCUGAAAUGCCUGCCGACAGUGGAUAUCCUGCCUAUCUAGCAGCACGUUUGGCAUCCUUCUAUGAACGUGCGGGUAAAGUGAAAUGUCUCGGUGGACCAGAACGUGAUGGAAGUGUCACAAUUGUUGGUGCUGUUUCACCUCCUGGUGGAGACUUUUCAGAUCCUGUGACUUCUGCAACCCUUAGUAUUGUGCAGGUCUUCUGGGGUUUGGAUAAAAAGCUUGCCCAGAGAAAGCAUUUUCCUUCUGUUAAUUGGCUGAUUUCCUACUCAAAGUAUUCCACGGCAUUGGAAUCUUUCUAUGAGAAGUUCGAUCCAGAUUUCAUCAACAUCAGGACAAAGGCCAGAGAGGUGUUGCAGAGGGAAGAUGAUCUUAAUGAAAUUGUCCAGCUUGUGGGAAAAGAUGCGCUAGCGGAAGGUGACAAAAUCACCUUGGAAACAGCUAAGUUAUUGAGGGAAGACUACCUUGCUCAAAACGCUUUCACACCAUAUGACAAGUUCUGCCCUUUCUACAAGUCUGUGUGGAUGAUGCGUAACAUUAUCCAUUUCUACAACCUAGCCAAUCAGGCGGUUGAAAGAGCAGCUGGAAUGGAUGGUCAAAAGAUUACUUACACUCUCAUCAAGCAUCGUUUGGGAGAUCUUUUCUACCGUUUAGUGUCUCAGAAGUUCGAAGAUCCAGCAGAAGGGGAGUCUGCGCUUGUGGCUAAAUUCAAGAAACUGUACGAGGAUCUCACUGCUGGAUUCCGUGCCUUGGAGGAUGAAACUCGGUAAGCUCUCGUCAGAGUCUCCACAAGUCCGAAAAGUGCUCUCUUGUGUGUUUUGAGCCAAACAACUAUCAUAGUGGUUGGUAUUCUAUUUAUCGGUGGUUUGGUUCGAUCGAUCGAGUUUUAUCCCUGCGAACGUCAUGAAUCUCCGGCUGUGCUGUGUAAUAUGUUUGAUUCGUUGUUUUUUUUUGUUUUGUAUGUUUUCGUUUUGAUGGUAAUAAGGUACAGCCAAAGUGAGUCAUCUAUUUGAUUUGAUGUACCUCUCAAUUCAAUAAGUUAUUGUUAUUAUUGUCCAAAUGCACUUAAAAAAACUAUUGGUGAUACUUUUACUUUCCCAUAAUAUCAUCAUUUUGUAUUUUU